AUGCGGAAAAGAAUUUCCACAAAGCCUAGACAAGGCCACGAAUGCAUGGCACCUCACCGUCCUGGAGGUCGUGCCGUAAGCCGACAAACUCACGGUAUCAUAUUACACACGGUUAGGUGGCAGAAGGGUGAGCCGGUGGUAUCGGGUCUUCUGCGAGUGGACGAAGUGUAUCCACAACUUUCUGUGGUAGGUUGGCUUGCAUGCUCUCUGCUGGCUCAGUGA